AUGGUUCAUAUUUCAUCUAAUAAAGCAGUAGUUACUGCUACCAACAUUCUGAUAAAGAUUACUCCCAAGUAUUAUAUUACGCAGGAACAAAUAAAUAAGCUUGAUGAUUUGAGCUUUAUCAAGGCUUCUUAUAGAAGGUUUUUACGUCUUAGACCUUUUGUUUCUAAAAGACAGACGAUUAAACAUUCAUAUACCAUCUAUCUGCGAUACAAAUUCAGAGUGGAGAAUUAUGAAUCGAAAAGGAGGGAAUGCUUGUCAGAGAGUGAGCUUACUGAUAUUGAUUUUCGAUCGUCUGUUCAGAGGUCUUUGCAAAUGAUGAUAAAAGCAUUUUCAAACACGAAUGGAUUCUCACGAAGUAUGGAAAAAGAUACACAUAUGUGCAGAAGAAUAGUAAAGAACAUAUUAACAGUGGAUUAUCAUAAAACUAGACUUAUUCGUAAUUCAGGAAAGAUGUAUAAAUACUACAGAAAAGAUUUGAAAUACUUAACAGAUGAUCAACAUAUUGGACUAAGGCAGUUUGAAGAAAAUCUAAUAAGAUUUAAUGAAUGUUUCGGGACCAUGCUGUAA